AUGAAGACUGGCACCACAUGGCUCAAAGCACUCAUGUUUACCACCCUCAAUCGAUUUCGCUUUGAUUUUUCAGACCACCCGUUGCUCCGUAAUGGACCACAUGGAUGUUUUCCAGUUGUUGAUGUAUACCAAUCCACAAGCUACCCCAUUGGUGAUUCAGAAGACCUUUCGUUCCCUCGACUUUUUGGUAGCCAUUUUGCACAUAACGUGUUACCUGCAUCCAUCACAGAUCCUUCUUCCGGAUGCAAAUUCGUUUACGUGUGUAGGGAUCCUAAAGACGUGGUAGUCUCAAUGUGGCACUUCAUACUUAAACUGAGACCUAAAGAGCUUCCUCCAGUCUCAUUCGAUCAGGUGUUUAAGGCAUUCUGUGAGGGUGUUACAGAGUAUGGGCCGUAUUGGGAUCAUGUGCUAGGGUUUUGGAAGGCGGCCCAUGAAUCUCCAGACAAGAUAUUAUUCUUCAAGUACGAGGAGAUCAAGAGUGAUGCGGAGGCUCAUGUAAAGAAGUUGGCUGAAUUCAUGGGAGUGCCGAUUUCGGUUCAAGAGGAGGAUAAUGGAAUGGUGAAAAAGAUCGCUGAGUUUUGUAGUUUUGAGCACUUGACGAGCCUGGAGAUAAAUAAGACUGGGUUUCAAAAGAUUUCAAGUGAGUAUGGGAUACCAAAUCAUGUUUUUUUUCGAAGAGGUGAAGUGGGAGAUUGGAAAUCUCACUUGACCAAGGAGAUGAAAGAACAAAUUGAUCGAAUUACCCAUGACAAGUUAAAAGGCUCGGGUUUGACAAUUGGUGCAACUCCCGAAUCAUGA